CGCUCUUGCUCGCGGCAUCUCUCGCAAGCGUUGCAGCAUGUGAAAUACUGCCAUGCAGGACGACUGACGAGACGGUCUUAUGUGAAAUGUAUUCCAGGCCUGUGGAGGUCUGCGAGCAAGCGGAGGGAAUUUUCGACGCCUCAUCUUAGCUCCUCUGGUCUGUGCACAGGCACCCUCGCUAAGGAUCGUCUCUGAGAGUGCCAUGAUGCCCAAGUCACUCGGCAAGCGCUGUCGACUCGAAGCUUCAAGGUCAACGGAUCGAUUGAGAUCCGCAAUGCAUGCGACUUGCCUCGUUUUACGAGCUGAAAGAGGCCCUGUGAUCCGACUCGAGCGUUCCNUGACGCCNCUAGCUNUGAAAAUCUUGUUGCGUCCCGCAAAGAUGACUCUCGCUCGGUUCAGGAUUCCCUUCGUCGUAGAUGUGAUAUGUGAAGAAGAUGCUGCGCAUACCCGACAUUGUCAGUCGCAGAAAGGGUGGGGACCAAGCUAUGGAAAGUCAUGCGAAGUGGUCUGCCUGCGUCUGCAUUGUACUGAUCACAGAAAAAGAUUGGCAUAGGGGGUCGCUG